AAAAGAGGAGAGAGAAUAAAGAUCCCUUACUAAGCGAUUAUAUAUCCUCUCCAUUCCAAUUAUCUCAUCUUCAACCUCACACACACACACGCAUCCCACCAAAAUAAAAAAUAAAAAUAAAUAAAAAAUAAAAAUCCUUCACUGUCAAGAAUCAUUUUCCAUUUUUGUCCCAUCGUUGUGUUUUUGGCAAGUGAGGGAAAUGGUGAGCAAGAAGCCCAGGGUGGUUAUAAUCGGCGCCGGAAUGGCCGGCCUCACCGCCGCCAACAAGCUCCACACCUCCGCCGCCGCCUCCCUUGAGCUCGCGGUGGUGGAGGGCGGCACCCGGAUCGGCGGCCGCAUCAGCACCUCCGAAUUCUCCGGCGACCGGAUUGAGCAGGGCGCCACGUGGAUCCACGGGAUUGACGGCAGCCCCGUUUACAAAAUCGCUGAGGACACAAACCUGCUCGCCUCCGACCAGCCGUGGGAGUGCAUGGACGGCACUCUUGAAGACCCCGUCACGGCGGCGGAGGGCGGCCACGCGCUCUCCCCCGCCUUCGUCGGCCCUAUUUCCCGCCUCUUCAACAAUCUCAUGGAUUUCAUCCAGGGCAAGAUUGACCUCACCGCCGAGCAUUGCGUCGUCAGCGGCGGAGAAACCAGCGUCGGCUCGUUCCUCCGCCGUGGCCUGGCCGCGUAUCUGGAUAAGGAGAAUAAGAAGGGUACGCCAGUGGGGUGCUGGAGCAAGCGAUCGCUGCAAGAGGCCGUUUUCGCGAUGCACGAGAGCAUACAGCGGACUUACACCUCCGCCGACGACCUCUGCAGCCUCGACUACAAUGCCGAGAAGGACUACAUCCUCUUCCCCGGCGAGGAGAUCACCAUCGCCGGCGGCUACUCUGGCGUCGUCGACCACCUCGCCUCCGCCCUCCCGGCCGGGGUCCUCCAAUUAGGCCGGAAGGUCGAAAAAAUCGAGUGGGCUCCGGCCGGGGGCGUCCGCGGCGACGGCCGCCCCGUCACUCUGCAUUUCAGCGACGGGACGGCCAUGUCGGCCGAUCACGUCAUCGUGACAGUGUCCCUGGGCGUGCUCAAGGCCGGGACGACGGGCGGCGGGGGAUCAGGCCUGUUCGAUCCCCGGCUGCCCAAUUGCAAGGCCGGGGCCAUUUCGAGGCUCGGCUACGGCGUUGUCAACAAGGUGUUUCUGCGCCUUAGCCCUGAUUACUUCCCUGCAGGCGGUUUCCCCUUAUUACAAAUGGUGUUCCAUCCCUCGGAUUCAGAGCUGAGGAAUCCCAAGAUUCCUCAAUGGAUCCGAAGGACGUCGUUUCUCUGCCCUAGUUAUAGAAGCUCGAGAGCCGUCUUGUCCUGGUUCACAGGGCAGGAGGCGCUCGAGCUGGAAAAGCUGAGCGAUGACGAGAUCAUCGGCGGCUUCUCCAGGACGGUGUCGAAUUUGUUGCCGUCGCAGCACCAAAAUGAGAGCGGCCAGAAGUUCGAUCAAGUGUUGAGGACGCAAUGGGGGAGUAAUCCUCUGUUUUUGGGAUCAUACAGCUAUGUGGCAGUUGGAUCAAGUAUAGAUGACAUGGACACAUUGGCAGAGCCGCUGCCGAAAUACGGCGGCGUGGAUACAGCUCCGCCGCUGCAAAUCCUGUUCGCCGGCGAAGCGACGCAUAAGACGCAUUACUCGACCACUCACGGAGCCUACUUCAGUGGCCUCAGGGAAGCCAAUAGGCUGCUUAAACACUAUAAUUGUAUUAUUAAUGGUGUAUGAAAAUUCUAAUAUUUUGUUUGUUGCAGUAUUAGAAAUUUUUAGUUACUAUUUUGGAAAGUUUUUUACUUUUCUUGGC